AUGGCUCCCCAAUUAAAAGACCCCUGGGCUCGACGAGAGGCCUGGAGAUACCAGACAAACUUCACCCGAGCUAACCGAUUCAAGGGCGCCGCUCCCGGAUUCGGCAUUGCUGUCGUUGCAUUUGGUGCCUACCUGGCCGCCGAGAAGUUUCUCUUUGAGAAGAAGGACGACCAUCACCACUAG